CUGAAAUCUAGAGCCGUCGACAUUUUAUUUCCGACAGCAAAAUUUGCGAAGUCAAAUCGCGUAAUCUCUAGUUCAGUUUUGUUCCGUUUCGAAAUCUCAAUUCCGUGUAGGAGAUCUCCAUAAACCCUAACCCCCUCAAGGUGCAGCCAAAAUCCGAUUGUGUUUUCUCUAUUCAAAAAAGAAAUUUCAUGGUUUUCUAAAGAGAUGAGAGGAUCUGCACUACUUGAUUUGAUUCUGUUCCUGCUCGUAUCUCCAUUAGCACACAGCUUCAAAGGAUCUGAAAUCUCCAAAUUCUAUGACAAAUCCAUUUCCAAUCAAAUCUCUCAGCCCGAUCGAGAAUCUGGUUAUGUAUUGGUUUCUACGGUAGAUGGAUCGAUAUCUUUGGUGGAUAUGUCCUCUCAGAAGCUGGAUUGGACAUUUCAUACCAAUGAGCCGAUAUAUUCGUCUUACCAAGCUCCUCAUUAUCAUUAUACCACUGAUGAGGAACGUGCCUCGGCGCUUGGUGAUGACUUUUUCAUGGAUUGUGAUAAGGAUUGGCGUCUUUUCAAUUCCUCUAUGCGGAAAGGAAAACGCGUAAAUGAGAUAGUGGAUGCUUCGGAGUUCAUUGGAACAUUGCCAUAUACAUCGACGGAUAGGAUUGUUUUGGGGAAAAAGGACACAUCUGUAUUUCUCUUGGAUUGGAAGACUGGGAAGUUAGUUAAGAGGUAUAGAAUGGACGAGCUAUAUUCUAAUACAGUUGUUGAAAAUGAUAAAGAGAAGGCUAUUGUUUUGUCUAAAGAAGCUCCGAUACUAUUUGGAUCGGGGUUUAAGGAAUCGGAAGAUCUUCCUGAGCUUGUUUACAUUGAGAGAAAAGAUUUUAAAAUCCAAUGUAUAUCAAAGUUUGGAGAUGUUUUGUGGAGUGUUUCUUAUGCUAAGAUGGAAGCUAAACUACAAAAUCAUGAGAGCGUACACCUCAUGGGUGGGUUAUCAUCAUCAGAUGGUAUUCCUAUUAGAACUUCUUGGGGCAAAAACCAUUUACCGCUAUCCUAUACGACAAGUGUUCCUGUGGUACAGUUACGUAAUGUUAACUAUGAAACACUGUUUCCGAGACUUGGUUUUCUAGACGAGGCGUUGUAUCUUCCAUUUCAAGAUAGAAAACCUAAUCGGUUGGCUCCUGGAGAUGGGAAACACUUGGCACUUCCGAGCAAUAAAGAGGCUGAAGAAGUCCUCUCCCUUCCUCUGCCUGAGACUGUAAUAUCUCAGAUCACAGAUAUUAUUGAUGGAAGCACUACACAGGCAGGCUUUGCUAGCAAAUUUUCUGGUUUGAUUGUUCUACUUUUCGGCUUUUGUGUUACUAUGCUUUCUGUUUGCGGCAUUUUCUUUUGCCGAUUAAGACAGGGCAUGUGGAUCAAGGAUCCUUAUGUAUCGGAAGUGCCAAUCGCGAUACCAAAGAAGAAAAAGUCCAAGAAAAAUGGGACUCACAAGAAAGAGAACGGGCUUAUAUCUGGAGGGAACAAAGAUCCCUCUAAUGAAGAGAAUGAUAAGAGAUUACUUACUGCUUUCCCUGGCCUCAAUAAUAAUAGUUCAGCAGAAGGAUAUAGGGUUGGUAAACUGUUUGUCUCCAACAAGGAGAUUGCUAAAGGGAGCAAUGGAACUGUUGUGCUUGAGGGAUCCUAUGAAGGUCGUCUUGUAGCGGUUAAGCGUCUAGUUCAAUCACAUCAUGAUGUGGCUCAGAAGGAGAUUUUGAAUCUCAUGGCCUCGGACAAACAUCCUAAUAUUGUCCGCUGGUACGGGGUUGACCAGGACGAACAUUUUAUCUAUAUUUCAUUGGAACGGUGUGCUUGUAGCUUAAACGAUCUCAUCUAUGCAUCCUCUGCACUGCUUGAGAGUCCAGUGGCUUCAAGUAGUAUACAACCGAUUCAGAGAAACCCAAUCUUUGAAAAUGGCAAGGGAGUUGAGCUAUGGAAGGAAAACGGACAUCCGUCUCCUGUUUUGUUGAAGUUAAUGAGUGAUAUAGUUGCUGGUCUAGUUCAUUUGCAUGAUAUUGGAAUCGUACAUCGAGAUCUCAAGCCUCAAAAUGUGUUGAUUGUUAAGAACUCAUCUGUAUGUGCAAAGCUGUCAGAUAUGGGCAUUAGCAAGCGCUUGCCAGCCGACACAAGUGCCUUGACUAGAAACUCAACUGGUUCUGGAAGUUCUGGGUGGCAAGCACCUGAACAACUCCGCAAUGAACGACAAACAAGAGCUGUUGAUCUCUUCAGUUUAGGGUGUGUUCUAUUUUUCUGUAUGACUGCAGGUAAACAUCCUUACGGAGACAAUUAUGAGAGGGACGUAAACGUUUUGAAUGAUCGAAAGGAUCUUUUCUUGAUCGAGAGUCUUCCAGAAGCUGUUCAUCUUCUCUCUGGUCUCCUGAACCCGGAUCCAAAUUUGAGACCGAGAGCACAAGAAGUUCUGCAUCAUCCAUUGUUCUGGAACUCUGACAUGAGACUGUCUUUCCUCCGGGAUGCAAGUGAUAGAGUCGAAUUGGAAAACCGAGAGGAAGGCUCACAGCUCUUGGCUGCACUUGAAAGCACAGCAGCGGUUACAUUAAACGGGCGGUGGGAUGAGAAACUGGAUAGCAUAUUCCUAGACAAUAUCGGGCGUUACAGGCGGUACAAGUUUGACAGCAUCCGCGAUUUGUUACGGGUCAUAAGGAACAAACUGAAUCACUAUAGAGAGCUUCCAAAAGAAUUACAGGAACUACUUGGGAGUGUACCAGAAGGGUUUGAGAGGUACUUCUCAAGCAGGUUCCCGAAACUGUUGAUUCAGGUUUAUACAGUUUUAUUCGAUUACUGUAACAAUGAAGAGUUCUUUUUCAAGUACUCUAAGACCACUGUAUUCUAGGAUUCUUUUCUUCUGUUGACUCUCUCUGUAUAAUAGGGAUUUACUUAAUAAAGUGCUACAUAUAAUUGUGGUGAUUCUCACA